AAAAAAUACAAUAUUCAUAUUUUGAUUUUUGUUUGUACGUCUGUGUAAACAAAGAAAUUAUAUUGUUUCCCGUUUGUGUUGCCCAUCCAACCGUCCUGUGAGUGAGUUGAGCCAUGACAGCCAUUUGGGACAAAAUGUGUGAAGUAUUCACGUUGCUGGUUCGGCCGACGCGUCGCAAGACCCGCGUUACCUUCAGUCCAAGCACCCUACAUCGUGAAAUCAUUCGGCACACCAAACUAUCGGCUUCCCCUAACCCGUUUUUCAACUUUCUAGCCGAAGUGCGUAUGAAAGCCAACGGUGGGGAAUUAAUGCACCCUGGCUGUGGUUCGAUGUCGGCGCGGGAAAGUGCUCGCAUCGCCAAGACAGCAGGCCGUUUGUGGAAUUCUAUGAGUGAUGAACAAAAACAGCCAUAUCGAAGCAUUGCAAUGGAGCAGCGGAAACUGAAGAGGCUGCGACGAAGGCGUUCCUACCUAUCUGCACGCAGGCGAAGGGAACGCAAAACGCCAGUCGAAUGUAAAUUUCUUUUACCGCCGCCGCCCACCCAUCAAGAACAUCUGUAAAUGUGACUUCUGGGGAUUGCGAUUGUGUUAUUGACGCCUUCAGGACAGUGCGGAUGGUGUGGAUAUCUAAAUUGUCUGCAAAUUUAAUGUUGAUAUUGUCUCCAGUUUCAUAAAAAUGUUAUAGUCUGGAAACAAUUCUAUACUGCU